AAUUGUCUGUUUGACAAAUAGAUGUAUAUUUGUAAAUUUGCAUUGAGGUAGAUUUUAUUAUUGAAUUGCCAUUAAAAUGCGAGUUUCAAUUGUAGUGUAACACUUGAACGUACAUAUUUCAUAUAAUUGAAAUUUAUUUCAAUGAACAAAAAUCGUGACUUUUUUAAAAUGAAUGUUUCAUCCAACUUUUGAAAUGAAUUUUAUAUCAAGCUUGUAUUCUACGUAUUUCUGACUGAUGCGUUAGUUUUACAUUGUUGACUUGUUCAUUGUGUUAUUCAUCCCGACGAAAGUGCGCAUAUUUUUAAUCAUAUCGUAGGUUUAUAAUCGUAAGCUGUAAAAGCCGCUUCCUCAAGAAGCGAUAACAAGUGCUGAGUAUGACGCAGUUAUAGAAAUCUAUUCGGAAAAAAGUGCAAGAUAUUUUUAACGCGAGCACGGAAUAUCGUAGUAUCGAAUGAAGUAUCGUCCGAGAAUGAAUCGCGGUGGCACUUAUCGCCGUUUACAAAUAAAAAAGAAGCGAGUAUAAUAUGCGCUCGUCGCCUACUCGACUCAGUGUCAGUCGCGAUGACGGAUGCGCAUGGAGCAUUGGAGCGUCCUCGUGAGUGUCACGUAAGUGAACAGAGAUUCAUGGAUCAUUCAGGGAAACUGUUGGAAUUGUAAAUUAAAUGUCCAAUUAAUUCACUUCAAUCAUUUCAUAGGAAGCGUGAACAUCGCCGGCGACAAUGCGCGUGCAUGUAUAGCGGCGUACAUUAUUAUUUGCAGUGUAUUCACAUUCAGCUAUUGUCAUCAUGUCGUUCAUGAUAUCAUCUGUCGCGGGGAUAUGCGCGCGAGGAGUAAACAGACAGCUGUUGGCGCACAAAGCUCCGGUUGCUAAACAACUAGUGCGAAAUCUGGAGGUGCACGAGCACAUCGCGUACGGCUUGUUGAAAGAAGCUGGCAUUCCCACCCCACCUUUCUGGGUGGCGAGGACGUCCGACGAAGCCGCCAGUCUGGCUAAGGGUCUGCAGACAAAGGACCUCGUGCUGAAAGCGCAAGUUCUAGCCGGGGGCAGAGCGAAGGGGCAGUUCAAGGGUAGCAAUGUCAGCGGUGUCGUCAUGUGCGACACCGCCGAGCAGGUGAAGGAACUGGCGGAUAGCAUGAUCGGCAAGGUGCUCGUGACUAAACAGACAGGCGCGGCCGGGAAGAUAUGCAAUUCGGUGAUGGUAACGACCCGUAUGUUUCCGCGUAGAGAGUAUUACAUGGCGGUGAUGUUGGAACGCACCUUCGACGGGCCCGUGAUGAUCGUUUCCAAGCAAGGCGGGGUGAACAUCGAGGACGUCGCCGCGGCGAAUCCCGAGGCCGUGGCGUACGUGCCGAUCGACGCGAGCAAGGGUUUAACGCCCGCGCAGGCGAGCAGCGUCGCCGAUAAACUGGGACUCACCGGGCACAGCAAGGAGAUCGCGUCGCUCGUUGCCUCCAGUCUCUACGAGCUGUUCGUCGAGAAGGACGCGCUACUGCUCGAGAUCAAUCCGUUCGCGGAAGACGUCUGUGGCGAAUAUUACGCUCUGGAUUGCAAGUGUAAAUUCGACGAUAGCGCCGAGUUCCGGCAGAAGGAGCUGUUCGCGCUGAAGGACACGACCCAGGUGGACCCGAAGGAGGUCGAGGCGGAGAAGUACAACUUGAAUUACAUAGCUCUCGACGGGAACAUCGGCUGCAUGGUGAACGGCGCCGGCCUGGCGAUGGCCACCAUGGACAUCAUAAAGCUAUACGGUGGGGCGCCGGCGAACUUCCUGGACGUCGGCGGCACCGCCACGAUCGAGACUGUGACGGAAGGCUUCAGAAUACUAUCCUCGGACCCGAAAGUGGAGGCUAUUUUGGUGAACAUUUUCGGUGGCAUAAUGAGGUGCGAUAUAAUCGCCCAAGGGAUCAUAGACGCCACGAAACAGCUAGAUCUGAAGGUGCCCAUAAUCGCGCGAUUACAGGGCACCAAUGUGGGUAAAGCUAAGCAACUGAUAUCAGACGCCAAGCUGAAGGUGAUUUCCGUGGACGAUUUCGCUCGGGCGGCCGAGACGUCUGUCAAGUUAGCAUCGAUGAUGAAUAUCGCCAAGUCUUCGGAUUUAGAUAUCACUUUUAGUGUCAGAUCGUCGAAGAGGAAGGAUUCUGAGAAAGUAAAGACCUCUCGCCGAUGGCUCGGCCCCGCGUGCGGGCUCUCCUGCGUCAUGUGUUGCGCGUGGGAAACGUCAAGCGCUGGCCUGGUGGGGGCCACGAGGGGCGAAGCUCGCGCCUGCCAGUCCACGGCCGUCGCUCAGGCAAAGAUGGCUACCAUGUUGUCGCGGGCGGUCUCACUCGCGGAGAAUCUCGGCCGACUGAGCGGCCCCAAGAUAUUCGCGUGCAAGACCAGCCUGGUGAAGCAGCCGGCCAGGAACCUGAACGUACACGAGCACAUCAGCUACAGCUUGCUGAAUGAGGCCGGCGUGCCGACACCUAAAUUCGGCGUCGCCAAGACCCCCGACGAGGCGGCCAAGCUCGCCACCGACCUGAAGACGAAGGACAUCGUCCUGAAGGCCCAGGUCCUCGCCGGCGGCAGGGGGAAGGGCCACUUCAAGGGGACGAGCGUCAGCGGGGUGAAGAUGUGCGAAACCCCGCAGGAGGCCAAGUCGUUGGCUGGUCAGAUGCUCGGCAAGCUGCUCAUCACGAAACAGACCGGCGAGGGCGGCAGGAUAUGCAACGCCGUGAUGGUCACGCAGCGCAUGUUCCCCCGUAAAGAGUACUACCUUGCCGUCAUGAUGGAAAGAGCCUUUGGUGGUCCCGUCAUAAUAGCCUCCAGCCAAGGUGGGGUGAACAUCGAGGAAGUCGCUGCCACAAAUCCCAGCGCCAUCAUGUACGAACCUAUCGACAUCAAUAAGGGAAUUACGAAGGAGCAGGCGGAGCGCAUAGUGACGAAGCUCGGCCUGGACAACGUAAAGGACUACAUUUGCAAUAUAAUUAUAAAUCUUUACCAAAUGUUUCUUAAGAAGGACGCUCUUCUCCUGGAAGUGAAUCCUCUCGCCGAGGACAUCAAUGGAAAUUAUUUCGCUCUCGAUUGCAAAUGCCGGUUUGACGACAACGCCGAGUUCCGGCAAAAGGAGCUGUUUGGUCUGAGAGAUUGGUCUCAGGAGGAUUCGAAGGAAGUCGAAGCGGCGAAAUUCGACUUGAAUUACAUCGCGCUCGACGGCAACAUAGGCUGCAUGGUAAACGGAGCUGGUUUAGCCAUGGCUACGAUGGACAUCAUAAAGUUGCACGGCGGUGAACCGGCUAAUUUCCUCGACGUUGGCGGCGGUGCUUCGGCCGCGGCGGUGAAAGAGGCAUUUAAGAUUAUCACUUCUGAUCCACGAGUCCACGCUCUUUUAGUUAAUAUCUUUGGCGGCAUCAUGAGAUGCGACGUUAUAGCGGAGGGUAUUAUCGCCGCGACUAAGGAGUUAAGUUUAAAAAUUCCCGUCGUCGUCAGAUUGCAGGGUACUAAUGUGGACGAAGCCAAGGCUCUGAUCGCGAAUGCAGGUUUGAAAAUUGUACCAAUCGAUGAUCUCGACGAGGCCGCCCGGGUCGCGGUAAAAUUGUCGACCAUCGUUAAAUUAGCUCAAUCCGAAAAUCUCAGCGUGAACUUCGAGAUACCUGCAAUAUCAUAGAUAGCGAAAAAGGAAAACUAUAAUCGGUAAUAUAUUAUUAAGAAUAUUUCUGCCGAAGAAUGUGUACUCAAUCGUUAAAGGAUUUCAAGAACGUCUGAAAGUAAUAAUUACAGUAAUAACUUCGCAUGUGUAACGUAUUCUCGUGAAGGAGUAACAUUUCACGCUGGUUGUUUGACUCUUUCUGUAACCUCACGGACGGAGAAAGAGGCAGCGAGUAAAAAGUAGAAUAAAGCUUUGGACAAGUCUGUUUUGCAAAAGUAAUACGACUGGGUGAAGUGGAUUAAAUAUCGGACGAGCUAUUAAUAUAUUGUUAUAUAUUUAUCGUAAUAUUUUUCUUCUUAAUACAGUCGCGAACAUUUGUAAUGCACAGAACUGUGUAAGAUUAUUCACAUACUUUAUCGCUUGCUCUAACGCAGGACUUUGUGACAGAGAUCCAGUAUUAACAGAAAGAGAAAAAGAAAGAGAGAGAGAUUAAGUUAUAUAAUAUCUAUCUCCAAGCGAGUGCUGCGCACGGACAUGUGCUCUAGAGAAUGUCCAAAGCCAGCGACCGGAUGCUAUUAAAGACAUUGAAAUGUAGACAUUAUCAGUCAUUUCAGACAUCGUUAUAAAUAGCAAUUUGUAACGCGGUAUUAACUUGAUGAUUUAUUAUUGUACCGAUGCUUCGUAAGUAAGCGUGCAACUUUGUGAUGCGGUAUCACAUAGAAUAAUAGUUAUGUUUCUACAAAACUAUAAUUUUGUUUCCACAACACGACAUGCAAGGAUAUAAUUUUACAGCUUUAAAUAAAGAUAAAGCGUCACCAUGUAUACAUCUACGAAAACGUAGCUGCUCAGCUGUUUAGAUUUCUGGGCCUUUAAUAGCAUCUUGUCGGUGUCAGUGGUAACGAAGUGCACGUCCGUUUUUAAAGACGGAACUUUUCGCAACAGCCAUCGACGCGGAAAGCCACGGAGCGUCGUAAGUGAACGGCCUGUUCCAUGUAACAAAUGCGUAAUAUAUGUAUACAUAAAUUAUUUUGCAUAAUUUAGUUUUGUCUUCGUUCAUUCGAUUAAAUCGUCCGUACGUCGGUUGUUCCCGAACUUGGUGCUAAUAUCGACGAAGUUUUAUAUCGACUAUGCGAAUGAUCGUCGAACAAAUAUAUAUUGUACGUCCGCAUAUUCGUUCUGUCUGUUACUCGUCAAGUUGUAACUGCGCCGUGACGAUAUCGUUAAUACUGCCGUGUAAGGAUGUAAAAGUUUUAGUCACUUUGGGAAUUUCUGUAAAUAUAAAGCGCCCCCCUGGUUUCCGAUUGCGCGAGAGGGAAGAAUGAGACUUGUGAGAUUCUCAAAAUUCUGUAUUCGCCAAAUAGACAAAUUAAAUGAAUUGGAAAUCUCGCAUGUAA